CUUUCCACCAACGCCAGCCACAUAAACCAUGAAGGAAUAAGAAAAAGGCAAACAAAAUGUUUGAAAACCAGGGAGUUGUGUAAAAGUUGCUGCAGCGAAAUGUUGAAAAUACGAAAAGUCUGGAGUUUUCAAAAUAUUUCGAAUAAUAGCUCGAAAUAUGACGUCACAGACACCGCGUUGGCGGUUUCGAAUGAUAAUGACGUCACACUGUGGAAUUUAAACGAGGGUUUGCCAGAUGAGGGUAUUUUAUUACACGGCCAUCACGCCCAAGUUACCACGGUAACUUUCUCCCGUCACCAUGGAAACGAUGACGUCAUACUUGCGACAGGAGCAUCUGAUUACAUCAUCGUGUGGAAGCUCGGGGAGGUUUUGGCGGCGCAUAAUAAUGGAACUUUGGUCCGAGGCCACAUCUUUAGUUCCACAUCGGGGGAAUCCCCCAAUAUUCUUCGAUUCUCCCCGAGCACAAAGUACCUUUGUGAUGUCACAGACAACGAACUCAUGGUUUAUGAUUAUGACAACACAAAGAUUAUUUUCACGGAACCUUGCCGAGAUGUUUCGUCGAUAGAUUUCCAAUCUGACACUCUGGUUGCCGUGGUAACAACAACGGGGAGGAUUAAUAUUUGGGAUGUUGCUCAAUGUUGCCUCGUGUGGCAGCAUACCAUGGUGCAGGGGUUAUCAUGCCUGACAGCGAACGAGUAUCAACUUUUCGUAACUUCUGUUUCCUCGAAGAUCCAUGGAUUUGUCGCGAACCCCGAACCUCGGCUUCACUUUCAGAAAGAUCUCGAUCUUUGUUUGUUACAUCAUAAUUGGGAUGGUGAUGUAACAAAGGGGAUUGUUUUGUCAUUAUUAUGCGUUGAAUCACCUCAUUGUGAUGUCACAAGUCGAUCAAGCGUAACGUUCGUGUUGUGUGCGAUGAACCGCGUCAUCGUUGCGAUUAAUUGUGACAAUCAGGAAUCAACUGUGAUGCAAUAUAUGGAUUGUGACAUCAUUGAACCCAUUGUUGCAUCACAAGCAUGUUUGUCACAGGAUCCGAAAACAAAGAAGAUAACGUGCUGCGUCACCUCAAUGUUGGACCCCACCACCCAUGUAUUCCACCUAACCCUGCCAACCCCCAGUAACCCCCUUUGUAACCCCACAACCCCCACUUUCGUAUCCGCCGCUCCACUGGCUGACACAUCACCCCUUAGGGGUCAAAUAAAGUUCAACAAAACUGCCACGCCCACAAAUGACCAACCAAUCACCUUCAAACACAAAGUCAGAAGUUCCGGCUACAAAUCUUCCCCAAGGAUGUCUAUGUUCAACCCUAAAACCAACAAGCCAAAAAAAGUUACGAAAACGUUGAAGCCGGAACGUCGGGAAACGGAGCCAUCUGAUUGGUCGAUGUUGAUGACAUCACAAGGGGAGGCGACGUGUUGUUCCGCACCAGUGAGCGUUCGUUCGAUCCCAGUUGAUGAAACAACAAAGCAGUUUGCCUCGCUGUUGAACGAUAAUAGUGUCCUAGUAAUGUCACUCCCACUGCUAGCAUCUAACAACAAAACGAAACAUGUGACAGGGGCGAGCAAUACAUUAGGAUGUUCGUGGUCACAUGGGGCAAGUUGGCUCGGGGCAAGUCGGCACGGGGGUUGGUUACUUACGCAUACUAAGGAUACUGUGGCUGUGUGGGAAAACCCCUAUACCAAUACAGCUGCUUUGAGGUUUUCCAUAUUUGGUGACGAGGAUAGAAAGCAACGUCAAACAAAGGAAAUUGUUUCGUCACAAUUUUAUUAUUUGGAUAAAUUUAUUUUGCUUGGUUGCGGAAAUUCCUUGUCUUUGUUUAAAUUUCAUCUGGAGGAAAAGAGUGGAGAUGAAAUCAAAAGAUAUUUAUGGAAAGGUAGAUCCAAGUUGGUUUGUUCGCGAGAAGCAACGUUGGGGCAAAACAUUUCAAGUUUUUCUGCGGCAAAUAAUUAUUAUUCAUACAUCGUGUUGGUUGGAGGAUCGGAUCGAAACAUUAAUAUAUAUGAUUUCAAUGUUUGUAAAACCAUUGGUAUUUACGAGAAUGCUCACAGCAAACCAACGCAUACUAUCGACAUUGCUACGGGUUCAUCUAUUGUGACAUCAUCAAAUGAUUUGUUUAUGACAUCAGCAUUUUCUGACGGAAUCAAACUUUGGGAUUUACGAUCGACAAGUUCGAUUCUUAAAUUGAACCAACAUUCGAACAAAACAAAGAGUAGCUCAUGUGUGACACCUUGUGGAAAGUAUAUUGCAACAACUUGCGACGAGAAAUCGGUUUACCUUUACGAUUGCAGAAGUUUCCACCCACUUCAAAUAUUAAAAUUAAAAUCCAAACCGACGAGUGUCAGUUUCACCCCGUGUUCAACACAGUUGUUGGUCGGAACAGAUUCGUCAAAAGUUUUGGGUUUUUCUGUCAAAAAGUGAACUAUUAUGACAUCACAGUAACUUUGUGUUUAAUUGUUUUUAAUUAAAUUAUUUUCAAGUAUUA